AUGCUGCAGCAGAUCCUGCACGACAUGUACAUCGACCCCGAGCUCCUGGCUGAGCUCAGUGAUGUGCAGAAGCACAUCCUCUUCUACAAAAUGCGAGAGGAGCAGCUGAGACGCUGGAGGGAGCGUGAGGCUUGGGAGGCCCUGGCCCAGGUCGAGGGCCUCAGGCCCCCCAAGGUCAAGCGAGCGAGUGACAAGCACAUCCAGUGGCUCCUGGGGGCAGAUGGCGAAGUCUGGGUCUGGGUCAUGGGAGAAGGCCCUGGAGACAAGCCCUAUGAAGAGAUCUCUGAGGAGCUGAUUGCAGAGAGGGCACGGCUGCAGGCACAGAGGGAGGCGGAGGAACUCUGGAGACAGAAGGAGGCAGAGAUCACCAAGAAGUUCCGGGAUGCUCUGGCCAACGAGAAAGCCCGGAUCCUGGUGGAGAAGUGGAAAGUGGAGAUGGAGGACCGCAAGGCUGCCAAAGUCCUGGAGGAGCGCAUCCAUGAGGAAUUCAAGAGGAAAGAGGAAGAGGAGAAGAAGCGAGGAGAAGAGCAGAUUCGCCUCCAGGAAGAGCAGAGGGCGAAGGAACUCUACUGGACCCUGAAGCAGGCCCAGCUGCAGAGCCACCCCAGUGAGGGGGAGGGGCGCGAGUGGGAAGAACAGCUGCGUCGGUCCAAGGCCGCUGAUGAGGAGAGGAGGCGCCGAGCCCAGCGCGCCCGAGACGAGUACCAGCGCCACUCCCUCCGCGCCAUCCAGAAGGGCACGGUCGCUGGCCUCAGCUCCAGGUUCCGAGAGCUCGGCCAGAGCCACGAGCAGGAGGCGAGACUCUACCACCACCUCCUGGGCCCGGGGCCGCCUUCACCCCUGGCCAUGCCUGGCAGGACUUGGGAGCGGCCCCUGUGUCCCGUCUCCAGAGAAGUCAUAGUCCGCUGGUUCAAGAAGGAGCAGCUGCCUCGCCGAGCAGGCUUUGAGAGGAGCACCAAAGCCAUCGCCCCCUGGUUCCACGGAGGAAAUUAUCACUGUUUCAGGGGGAGAGUUGCUGCAGGAACCCUGUGGACAGAGGGACAGCCCACCAGACUACCAUCUGUUGUUUGA